UCGAUUCUUUCUCUCUCUCUCUCUCUCUCUCUCACACACAGCUCCUUUUAACCGAGCCCUCUCUCUCUCUCUCUCUCAUAUGACGUCCUGAAGGUUUACCUUCCUCCGCUUGCUUCUCACAAGUAAUGUACACCAAUCACAUGAAGGACACGAACAACAACUGCAACAAGUCUCUUCUCAAUGACCAGAAGGAGAAGCUCAUACAGGCGAUUAAGAAGAUUAAGCAUGAAGUUGAUGAAUGCCACGAAGCAGAGAAAGACACUUAUGCAGAUGCAAUCGAUGUGGAGAAUCAGUUUGAGGACAUGGAGCGGGAAAUCCGAGCGGAGUUCCAGAACCUUCAUAACUUCCUGGAUGAAGAGGAGGAGAGGGACCUGGAACGGCUGAGGAAAGAGAGGGACAGACGAGUGAAAAUGCUGAAGGAGAGAGAGAGGAAGAUUGCCACGCAGGGACGAGACCUGGAGAGGGCCAUCGGGACUCUGAACAGCAAGCUAGCAGAAGACGACAGUCCCAAACUACUAAAGGAAAUCAAAGAUCUCCUAAAGAGAUGUGAAGUGAAUUUUGUACGCCCGGCUCCGGUGGACAGCGAGAUUUGCACAGGACAGUUUGUGGGUCCUAUUCAGUACAAGAUCUGGAAACACAUGAAGGCUUCUCUCUAUCCAAACAUAUCGAUGUUGACCUUCGACCCUGAGACCGCUCACCCGCUGCUGACACUGUCUGCUAACAACACAACGGUGCAUUUCGAGGAGAAGGAAACGGUUGCAGAUGAGAACAAGAAACGUUUCCACUAUUACUACUGCGUGAUGGGCCGAGAGGGCUUCAUGCACGGUCGCCAUUACUGGGAGGUGGAGGUGCGAGGCAAGACCGCGUGGCGCCUGGGCGUGGCCAGGGAGGACGUGUGCCGUGGCGAGAUGAACUCAUCCACCACAGCAAAUGGGCUGUGGACACUGGCGCUGAAGGACGGCUCGAUCGUAGCCUGCACCGACCCCAAGCCCACGUUCAUACGUACCGCCACUCUGCCCACCCGCAUUGGCGUCUUCCUGGACUGCGACAAGGAAGAGGUGUCCUUCUACGACGCUCUCACCAUGACGGCGCUCUUCUCGUUCUCCAUGGAUUCCAUUCUAAUACCCAUUUACCCGUUCUACAACCCUUGCGAUACAGACGACGGAAGGAACACCGCCCCGAUCACCAUCUUCCAUCCCUCGCUCUGACACAAGGAUUGAACUGAUGGACUUGCAGCUCUUAAGUUUAACUUAGAAUUUGGAUUUCUCAGAAAGGCAGUAUGACAACUCAACAACAACAACAAAAAAAGCUGUUGCUUUGUUGGAUCUUUUUUUUUUUUUUUUUUGCUUUUCAUUUGUUUAAUAGUGUGUGUGUAUGGAAUGUUUGAUGUCUUUCAAGCAUUUACAUGAGGAAUAAAAAUGGAACUGUGAAUAUAAAUGUCCUAAAUAACCCCUCUGUCUGGACUGAAAGUUGGUGGAAACAGAAUGAAAGAGAAAAGCCGUGAGGAAGAACGGUAUAGGACGGGAGAGGCGAUGGAAAUGGUAGAUGGAUGCUGAAUCGAUGUCUGGGUGUUAUACAGUUCACUUUAUACAGCCUAUAAUUAUCGCAGUCACUCGGCACUGUAGUUACAGCGAGGAACUACUAUGUGAACAAUGCACUGGUGUGCAGUGGGGGGACUGUGUGUGUGUGUGUGUGUGUGUGUGUGUGUGUGUGUGUGCUGUCUUGUAGUAUGACUGACUGUGUUUCAGAGGACUCUUGAGCUUAGACUGGCACUAUUUUACAGAACUAAAACACAGAAACUGUAAGAAAAACUCAGAAACUGGUUUUUUUUUUUUUUUUUUUUAGACCUUUCUUUUUAUUAUAACAUACUGUAACAAAUGUCAUGUUCCUUCACAAAAUGUGUGCAUUUGUGUCUGUGCAAUGUGGAACUACAGAAGUGGACAAACUGGAAAUAGGUCAUCGAGGAGAAGCUUGGCCGUGUGAUGGACACAAGAAGGAGGCAGUCGGAAAUGCAGGUUGUGUUUUAAACAGCACACAAACACUCCAUAGGUUGCCUUAGACAAUAACUGCCUAAUGCUAAUAACGCACUUUCCUCUGCUAGUCUGAAAGCUCGUUCUUAUGCUCUGCCUUUUUCUAAGCUUUCACCACACACACAUUGAGUCAUGGAUACUGACCAUCCCAUACAGCUAGACCACUCGAUUCUGGAGUACUCUACAGCGCAUCACUACGACUGCAGAGAUAGCGAUAAUGGGGAGAUUGAGUGCACUUUUGCUUUAAUAACUCUUAGACAUCUUAUAUUUAUGUGUAUGUGUAUAUAUAUAUAUAUAUAUAUAUAUAUAUAUAUAUAUAUAUAUAUAUAUAUAUAUAUAUAUAUAUAUAUAUAUAUA